AUGCAAUUGCUGGUUCUCAGCUGCACUUUCCUCACACUGUCAGAGCAUGAGGAAUGUACUGCCGAGAAAAGGCAGUUGUCAGAGCAGGGAUCGGCACCGAUCAUCAGGGCACUUAUGAUCAGUGCCCUGAUGAUCGGUGCCCAGCAGUGCCAUCCACCAGUGCCGCCCACCUGUGUCCAGCAGUGCCACCCACCUGUGCCCAGAAUGCCACCCAGAAGUGCCGCCAGUCAGUGCCCAGCAGUUGCGCAUGUCAGUGCCCGUCAUUGCAGACUAUCAGUACUGCCUAUCAGUGCUACCUAUCAGUGCCACCCAUCAUUGUUGUCUAUCAGCACCACCUAUCAGUGCCACCUAUCAGUGCCGCCUAUCCUUGCCACGUCAUUAGUGCCGCCUAUCAGUGCAGCCUCAUUAAUGCAUAUCAGU